CUGCUGGCUGUUGUCAGCCAUGAAAUAAACACCAUUCAGUCCCAGUCCAGUCCUUGUCGGAACAACAACCUUAAACUUUCACCGGGUUCCCACAUCCCUUUCCUAACCAUGUGUGGUGGCUGGGCUUGUGCCUCCUUCGACCUGGCCUGCAAUAAUCCUCCCUUGUCCACACUGCGUUUCACCGGUCGGGACUUUAUACCCACGCCCUGCGGUCCUUGCGAUAAGUGUUAUGUUCUAGAUACUAGCCGCAAGAAGAACACCAACAACUGCUAUGUUCCGCACAUUCUGUCCCCACUGGAUGCCCAGCUCUGCACACUGGCGAGUACUCAGAAAAAAAAGGAGGACGAGUAAUCGCCAGGAGGAAAUGCGGUCUUAUACUACUAAAAUUAUAAGUGUUGAUCUUCUUGUACCACCCAUUUCCAUGGGAAACCAAUAAAAAUUCGAGGGACUAAUACUGAAGAA